AUGUUCAGGUUUUUCAUUUCAACGUUAUUGAUCGGCCUAGCGGCUGCAGAGAACGUUAACGAUGCCGUCGAAACUGAGAUGUUCGCCGUGCCCAUCAGUCCUGGUUUAUUUAACUGGACUUAUCAAGAAUUCGACGAGCAGUACCGCUUCCACGCCUCGCUGAAGGGCAAGCCCGAGCUUCCGCCAUGGCUGCGUUACGUGUACAGCGGGAGACACCACGCGGGCUUUAUUUUCGGAACGCCGCCGCGCGGCACCGCGUCGCCUGUCACGCUUGAGAUCAUCGGUCUGAACCGCCAGGAUUACGAAACCCGCCGAGUUCUUGUCACCUUGAGGAUCCAUCCGAAAGAGGACAUGGCGCGGCACGAAGUGGAACUCAAAAUAGACAACCUCAAUGUCGAGGACCUCCUUGAUGAUCACAGGAUGACCCGUCUCAAGGACAUUCUGCGGACGAAGCUGUGGACGGAGAGUAGGCGGGACCUGUACGCGACGUUCCUCUCGUCAGCCAUCGACCUGGGCGCUCGGUUGCCGCUGAAGCCCAGCGAUGGGGAGGGCUUGGUGGUGCGCCUGGGCAGCGCGGCGCCGUUCUCCGCCGAGCUGAUGCGGCUGCGAGAGGAGGUGCGCCCCCUGUCCAGGCUGCCCAGCUGCCCCCGGGACUACAAGCGCACCACCGUCGAGCGGCUGUUCCGCGACGCCGCUUUCGCCCUGGACUGGUGUAGCUUCGAGCUGUACAACACCGUCUACAAAGACCGCGCCACCCUCCGCCUGGAGUACCUAACGGAGCUGCCCAACGAUAGUCGUGCCACGGGCGCGCGUGCCGUAGCACCUCGUAGCUGGAGCGCGCCGUCGCGUAGCGCGCUGCCCCGCCGCGCCGCCGCCCGCCCCCUCGCCGCCGCCCUAGCGCCCCCCCUGCUACUUCUGCUGCUAGCCGCCGUAGCGCUAGCCGCCGUGCUGUGCUCCCGCUACGCCACCGUAACCGAUCCGGAGUCGGAGUAUUUUCUGGAGAACAUUUAUCAUAUUUGCAUCGAUUAUAGGAAAAAGAGAGCACACAAAUCCGGGAAAGUGGAGCUCUGCAUAUACGGGACUGGAAACACCGAACAGACCCAACUAGCUGACGACAACAGCAACAGAAGCCUGGGUGUCAGUCCCAGCGGCAGCCUGGCGCGCCCCUACAGCCCCAGGGCGCGCAACCUGGCCGCCAGCUACAGCCGGCCCGAGCCGCCGCCCUACCCGCCCUCCUCGCUGCACCGCCGCCGCCCCCCCGCGCCCCUCGCCCUCGAGGAGUCCCUCCAGCUGCUCAGCCAGGCGAACAUCGCCUACGAGCCCAAGGACCCGCUCGUGGACUCCGCCGACGGCGACGACGACUACGUCCUCGUGCAGCGGAGGCCGGAAUCCGGCUACGGCCCGCUCGAACCGGCUAUAGCCGGACGCGGCAACCUCGAACCGGCUAUAGCCGGACGCGCACCGACCGAACCGGCUCUAGCCGGGCCGAUCGAGACGGGCGCCGAGCUCGACGACAUCGAUGUGCCGGAGCUGGCUAUGUACGGCGUGCCCGGCAUC